AUGUCAGCCAUGACAACUCUGGACUGCAGUAAUAACACAGGGGGUGUCAUAAGCUAUGUUGGUUCCAGUGGUUCCUCCCCCAGCCGGACCAGCCCGGUGUCUCUAUACAGUGACUGCUCAACAGGGAGCCCUCAGAGUGGUGCCACACACUACCCAUCAUACCUGCCACCCUCUCCAACCAACUCUUACAGUGCCAGUUCCUCCAGCUCAGGAGGAGAGAACUCUCCACGAUCAACCUAUGGCCUGGCUUCCUCUCCUGGAGGGCUUCAUGUUGCUCUGGAUGAUGGCAGCAGGGUUUCACCAAGCAAAACUUCCAGCAACAUUACAAAGCUGAAUGGGAUGGUCUUGUUGUGUAAAGUCUGCGGUGAUGUGGCCUCUGGAUUUCACUAUGGUGUACAUGCCUGCGAAGGCUGCAAGGGAUUUUUCCGGCGCAGCAUUCAGCAAAAUAUUCAGUACAAGAAAUGUCUGAAGAAUGAGACUUGCUCCAUUGUGCGCAUUAAUAGGAAUCGCUGUCAGCAGUGCCGCUUCCGCAAGUGUCUCUCAGUGGGCAUGUCUAGGGAUGCCGUGCGGUUUGGUCGAAUCCCAAAGAGGGAGAAGCAGCGAAUGUUGGCUGAAAUGCACAGUGCAAUGAGCCACAUCACUGGAGGACAUUUUGGUCGAAGGAGUCCUGUCCCGCUGCAGCCCCAGCAGAUUCGGCCCUCCUCUCCUCUCCAUGUGGCACCAGCCUCCUGUCCUUCACCUCCUUCCAUCCCAGAGGUUUACCCCCACUACCCCCAGCAACUGACACCACCUCGAUCCCCCAGCCCAGACCACGUUGAUGAUGUCAUUGGUCAGGUGACCCAAGCUCAUCGACAGAUUUUUGUGUAUGCCCAUGAAAAAGUGAGCAGAAAGGCAGCAUCUUGGGAGCAUCAGCAACAUAACAACCCACCACCUCAAUGCUGGGCACAGGACAGUGGAGAUUCCAGAGGCGGACGCAGCGUGCAUCUGGCCUGUCCAAUGAACGCUCUGCCUCGUGGGGGUCCUCUCCGCUCUGUGCAGGAAGUUUGGGAAGAAUUCUCCCUUAGUUUUACCCCAGCUGUACGAGAGGUGGUGGAAUUUGCCCGUCACAUUCCUGGGUUCCAGAACUUAACACAACAAGACCAGGUCACCCUGCUGAAAGCUGGUACAUUUGAGGUCCUCAUGGUGCGGUUUGCUACUCUGUUUGAUGUGCGGGAGCGUUCUCUGAGGUUCCUGAGUGGAGCAACAUACUCUCUGCCAGAACUUCAAGCCAUGGGCAUGGGAGAGCUUCUCAGCUCAAUGUUUGACUUCAGUGAAAAGCUGGCAUCUCUCAACCUAAGUCAGGAGGAGUUGGGCAUCUUCACGGCACUUGUACUGGUAUCGGCAGAUCGCUCUGGCAUGGAAAAUGCUUCAUUGGUAGAGCAGCUGCAAGAGACUUUGAUACGUGCCCUUCGUUCCCUCAUCUUGAAAAACAGUCCAAACGACACUUCCCGAUUUACCAAACUGCUGCUGCGACUGCCUGACUUGCGAACCCUAAACAGCAUGCACUCCGAAAAACUGCUAUCAUUCCGUGUGGACACACACUGA